AUGCCUAAGAGGGAUGCCCAAAGACGUCUCAAUCCAAACAUGAAGGAGGUGGUAAGGAAAGAGGUAAUGAAGCUUUUAGAUGUUGGUAUUAUUUACCCUAUAUCUGAUAGUAAAUGGGUGAGCCCAGUGCAAGUUGUCCCCAAGAAGUCAGGUAUCACAGUGGUGAAGAAUGAAGCAAAGGAGCUUGUACCUACACGGGUGACCACGGGCUGGAGAGUUUGCAUUGAUUAUAGGAAGCUCAACACAGCAACAAGCAAGGAUCACUUCCCUCUUCCAUUCAUUGAUCAGAUGCUUGAGAGAUUGGCUGGCCAUAGCCACUAUUGCUUCCUUGAUGGAUAUUCAGGCUACAACCAAAUCGCCAUAGCCCCAGAGGAUCAAGAGAAGACGACCUUCACAUGUCCCUUUGGCACUUUCGCUUAUAGGAGAAUACCUUUUGGUCUCUGUAACGCCCCAGCCACUUUUCAAAGGUGCAUGCUGAGCAUUUUCUCCGACAUGAUAGAAAGGUUCAUUGAGGUAUUCAUGGAUGACUUCUCUGUCUUUGGUGAUUCUUUUGAUCAAUUCUUGCAUAACUUAUCCAAGGUGUUGGCUAGAUGUGAACAGACUAACCUUGUGCUUAAUUGGGAAAAAUGUCAUUUUAUGGUUAACCAAGGCAUAGUUCUUGGUCAUGUCAUCUCUAGUAAAGGAAUCGAGGUAGAUAAAGUUAAGAUUGAUUUGAUUGCCUCCAUGCCCUCACCUACUUCUGUCAAAGAAGUACGUUCUUUCCUUGGCCAUGCAGGUUUCUAUAGGCGUUUCAUUAAGGAAUUUUCUAAGAUUGCGAGGCCUUUGUGCAAUCUCCUUGCCAAGGACAUGGAUUUUGUCUUUGAUCAAAACUGUGAGAAUGCUUUCAAUGCUUUGAAGAAGAUGCUCACAACUACCCCAAUCAUUAUACCACCGGAUUGGAGCUUGCCUUUUGAAUUGAUGUGUGACGCCUCUGAUUAUGCCGUUAGAGCUGUUUUGGGACAGCGAGUUGAUAAGAAGCCACAUGCCAUUUACUAUGCUAGUAGAACCCUUAAUGAUGCCCAACUCAACUAUUCCAACACAGAGAAGGAGUUAUUAGCUGUUAUUGUUUACACUAAUCAUGUAGCAAUUAAAUACUUGUUAGCCAAGAAGGAUGCCAAGCCACGACUCAUUAGAUGGAUUCUCUUAUUGCAAGAGUUUGACCUGGAGAUAAAAGAUAAGAAAGGAAGUGAGAAUGUCGUGGCUGAUCACUUGAGUAGAUUGGUGCAUGUAUCUAGUGAAGAGGAGGAUUCAUUGCCAUUGCAUGAAAGCUUCCCUGAUGAGCAACUCUUCUCCAUUUAUGCUUUGAAUUCUCUCAAUCCAUUGCCUUGGUUUGCUGAUAUUGUUAACUAUUUGUGCACUAAUGAACUCCCUACAGGGUUAUCUACGUUCCAACGUGACAAGCUUAAGAAGCAAGCAAGAUACUACUUUUGGGAUGAUCCAUAUCUAUUCAAGCAUUGCCCAGACCAAGUAAUUCGAAGGUGUAUGCCUGAAGGUGAUUUUAAGAGCAUUCUAGAGUUUUGUCACUCCCACGCAUGCGGAGGCCAUUUUGGAGCAAAGAAGACUGCCAGCAAAGUGCUACAAUCAGUUGCUGUCGAUUAUGUUUCUAAAUGGGUGGAAGCCAUUGCCACUAAAACUAAUGAUGUUAAGGUUGUGAUUGGUUUUCUCAAAGGAAAUAUUUUUACAAGGUUUGGCACACCUAGAGCAAUCAUUAGUUAUGGUGGCUCCCACCUUGUUAACCAAGCUUUUGCAGCACUCUUGAAGAAAUAUGGAAUCACGCAUAAGGUGGCAACACCCUAUCAUCCUCAAACUAGUGGGCAGGUUGAGAUAAGCAAUAGGGAGAUUAAGCACAUACUUGAAAAGACAGUGAACACCACAAGGAAGGAUUGGUCCAUGCAUUUGGAUGAUGCACUGUGGGCUUAUAGGACUGCUUAUAAGACCCUUAUAGGUAUGUCUCCGUAUAGGCUUAUUUUCGGUAAACCUUGUCACUUACCAGUGGAGCUUGAGCACAGGGCUUAUUGGGCAAUCAAGGCCUUCAAUUUUGACAUGAAAGCUGCUGGUGAGAAGAGGAGGCUUCAACUCAAUGAGUUGGAGGAGUUGCGACAUGAAGCGUAUGAGAACGCUAAGCUUUACAAGGAGAAAACAAAGCAAUAUCAUGACAAGAAAAUUCUUAGGAAGACAUUUGAGAAAGGGCAGAAGGUUCUCCUAUUUAAUUCACGCCUUAAGCUCUUCCCAGGUAAGCUUCGUUCUCGGUGGAUUGGCCCUUUUGUUAUUACUAAUGUGUUUGAUCAUGGCGCAAUGGAGAUUCAAAAUAUUAAGGAUGGCAGCACCUUCAAGGCGAACGGACAUCGGUUGAAACCUUACUUUGAUGCCAAAUUUGAUGCCAAUAUUGAGUCUCAAGCACUCAAGGAGCCUCCACCACUCUCUUGA